AUGCAUAUCAUAGCUGUUUUUAUCCACUUUGUGCUGUUGUUGCUGAACACUGAAGAAUCUCGUUUAUCGUACAAUCAACCAAAAUUGAGUUCUUGUGCGCAGUGGAAUAUCGAUGCAACCACAUUUGCAAAUAAAUCGUAUGCAGGGACAACACCUCAUGGUAUAUUUGUCGAUGCUGAUGAUACUUUCUACUGUGCUAAAGUUUCUGCCAAAAGUAUUACGAUACGCUAUAAGAAUAGCAGCUCCUUUAUCUCCCGAUCCUUAUACGAAACACUGUUUUUAUAUACGCAGCUAUUCGUUACGACAUUUGGAGAUAUCUAUUACGGUAGUAACGAAACUGGAUGUAUCUAUCGACUUUCGUAUAAUGGUGCAGCGAAUAAAUCAUUUGUAACUCAGUUUGAAGACAUGUGUCACGGAUUGUUUAUUGAUCUUAACAAUACUCUAUACUGUUCGUUAAAGUCUAAACAUAAAGUUGUCUCAUUGUCACUGAAUACAAAUACUAGUGUUGUCACAACUGUUGCUGGAAAUGGAACAGCAGGAUCGACUUCUGUGCAACUGAGGCAUCCUUACGGUAUAUUUGUCACAAGUAAUUUUGAUUUAUACAUUGCUGAUUCUCAAAACAACAGAAUUCAACUUUUUCGACAAAAUCAACUUAAUGCUUCGACAGUCGCAAAAAAUGGUUUUCCGAACAACUUAACACUCACUAAUCCAACAGAUGUUAUAGUGGACGGUAGUGGCUGUCUAUUCAUUGCCGACAAUAUGAACCAUCGAAUUGUUCGUGUGGUAGCUACAUAUUUCUAUUGUGUAGCUGGCUGUUCUGGUGUAAGUGGAGCAACUCCGGAUCUUCUAUACAAGCCGUAUUCGAUACGCCUCGAUAGUACAGCAAAUAUGUAUGUAGCUGAUGAGUUCAAUCAUCAGGUAUCCUCAAUUGAACCUGCAAUAACGUCUGUGAUUAUGAGCAACACAUCAGUACGGUCUGAACAAGAUAGAACUACUGCACAGACUAUCAGUGUUAGCACAUCCAGACCGAUUUUUACUCCAUUGACAUGUUCUGAUGGAGCACUCACCGGUUCCGAUUGUAAUAUUUCUAAUCUACCUUGUGAUACCAUUCAACCGUGUCAAAACAAUGGUACUUGCAUGAACAAUAACACAUCUUUUCUCGGUUAUUUUUGUUCAUGCCUACCGUAUAUCAACGGAACUCACUGUCAAUUCGAUCAUCGUCUUUGUAAACCAGAUACAUGUUUGAACAACGGUAUUUGUAGUGAAGUAUCAAACAACACGUUUAUUUGUCGGUGUGUUGGUGGAUGGGAGGGUGGUCAUUGCGAAACAAGAGUAGAUUAUUGUGCAAACAUAAAAUGCUUCAAUCGAGGUGUUUGUCUAUCGUUGUACGGUAACUAUACAUGUGAAUGCCUUGGAAUAAGUUAUUCCGGUGUUCAUUGUGAAAUAACAGCUGAUCGGAUACAACUCUAUCGAAAUAUUUCGAAAUCAUUUGCAUAUAUUGUGAUUAUAAUCAUGUCAUCUGUCGUCAUGUUUAUCGUGCUUUUGGACAUACUGAAGUUCAGAUUUGGUAUCGAUCCAGCACGACCAGAAUUGAAUUGGAAAUGUCGUCAGAAGCAAAUUAAGAAGUCGAAACAACAAAUCGCAAUUCGUUUUAUAUACGUAAAUUAG